UGGACUUUUAUCGCAAUCGGACGCAUUCACGGAAGAAUCGCAUGAUUUAAAGGCGCUAACUUACACGCUAAAACCACAUUAAGUAUAUAUUGUUGUGCAUACUCGGAUAUUUAAAAACACUUAGUGUCUCCAUAAUGUAUUGCAGUUUUCUUGUCUUGGUGCUCAAUGCAAGGAGAAGAACAUUUUAAUUCCAUAUUGAGUGUACAAUGUGUUUGCCGUUAUUUCUGUGAGCAUUUUGCGAAUAGUGACAGUGAAAUUUUCCCUAAAACAUCAGUUGCUACUUAUCUUGUCUAUGCAGAUCGCUUGGGUGAUAAAAACAGAAGAGUUCAAAUCAGAAACGAAAAACUACCGAGAAGGCAUCUGAAAGCACUUUCUUAAAGUUGUUUAUUCUAAAUCGAAGCUAAAUAUUUCAUUCAUUAAUAAAAAAUCAAAAUAAAUAAAUAAUUAUUAACCCUUAACGACAAAAGUGAGACAAAUUUCGGUUGAAAACAGUUAACUCAACUAAUUUUCUCAAAAACAAACGCAAUAAUUACCAACCUAUUUUUUGCUACAACAACGGCUGGGACUGCAAAAUUCCUAACGAAACCAGAAAUCAGUGUCAAAAUACAUAUGUACAUGGGUCAUCACAUAUACUCUAUUUAAUUCAGUUGUACAAACUUCAAUGACCAGCAAAAUGUUCUUAUAAAAUGCUUCGUCAUACUUGCCCAUUUGUCGGAAAAUUCAACUGACGCAAAAAUCAGUCCAAUUACAACAAAACUUAUGUAAAAAAUUAUACGUAGCAGACAGAUUUUACUCAAGAAUCAUCAGGAGUCGGUGCAGGGUACGAUGGCCGAUAGCCGAGAACGCAUACGUGGACCGCCUCGUGAUGGUCGGGAAUUUUUCACUAGUCCCAGACAGGUGCUUCGUCGUUUAAUGCUACUCUCGGAGGGACGCCAGUAUAGGGAAGCAGCCGGUGUUGUGGGUCGGCUGGGACCGUCUGUUUUACGCUCGGUCAUAGCAGAGCUACCAAUCGACUUGCUUCUGGAACACUUGCCACACAGUGCCUACUUACUAGAGUCAUUUUUUACAAGGUUGCUCACCCUCAAUCCCUCACCAAAGCCUGAAGUGCCAAUUGAGGAGGUAGUUUGGCAAUUGGUUCGUCUCUUUUCACAUCCCCAGGAAUCGGGUAUGCGUCAACGUUGCUCCAAACUAAUUCAGGCUAUAUCACAAUUUGAACCGAAUUUACGUCACACACUGCGGGAUCGAAGAAAAUCCUUUGAUAACGCCGUGCGAGGCUUAGGAGUGCACGGCCUAACAACAGACCCAGCGGGACACCUGAUAUCUCUCCAUGUCGCUCUCAAGACCGAGUUACAAAGGCAUAUAGACAUAUACAAAAUGGCCAUACACAAAUUAGAAGAGUUAAAUACGUCUAUCACAAAUCAAGAUCCCGCUCAUUCCUCUCAUCAGCGUCUACUUGCAAUCAACUAUGGUGACAUACAGCAAAGACUGAUUGCGAACAAAACUCUACUCACCAUGGUCGAUAAGCCGGCACUUAAGCAGCUGGCAUUCCUGGUGGACAACCUAAGUCAACGGGUGGAGAAUGACAAAGAAGUACUGAAGUGUGUGGGACAGAUAAAGCGUUUAGAUGGACAGGCAUGCAUAGAGAAGCGUCCGGCAGCGGGAUUGUUAAUGAAUUUUGCCCAAGGCUGCGAGACGGUUUUACAAUUAAUGGGACCCGAAAGUGUGCCGACUAGCAAUGGGAGCGGCAGCAGUUCUUGUAGCGAUGGUUAUCACUCGGAUGAUUCAGCGAAUGAAGAGACCAGUGAAAUGGUGAAUCAAUACCGUAUCUUAUAUAUGGAGAACAGAGCUGAUGCGUUGGAGGCGCUAGAUGGGUUGUCUCAGCUGAAACAUGUUCAAGAUUUGAAAGCGAAAAUACUCUUUUCAAUAAUUGUGUUGUCAUUCCGCCUGUGCCAUGGGUUGCGUGAAAGAAAAGUGAUGGAAGUGAGACGAACAUUGAAUUGUCCCUUGGAUUCAUCGAAUGAGAUUGCUCUUGCUUUGGAUCGUUCGGUGCGUGCGCAUUUACAUGAAACUGCCAACACCUUUCCAGUUGGAGAAAUUGAACGUUCGGUUUUUAGUCAAGUACUUUCCACUCUACAUGAAUACCCUUCCUUGGAGUCCUGUCCAGCCCUGACACACUUCGUUAGCUCUUCUGUGCGGUUGGCAUGGCGAAUGAUCAAUCAGAAAUCACCAUAUUUCCUGGAUAAUGAUUUCAACCUUGGGUUCCUGCGACCGGAGAAACAUGACCGCCAUCCACAAGCCGAUCGCCGCUCAGAUCUAAUAAAGUCAUUUCUUUGGCCAGCGCUAAUGCAGAACAAUCACUGUGUGUUUAAAGCCGUUGUAGCUACAUAAAAUAACAAUUUUUACCUUGCAACAAACACACAUUUGCACAUACUAAUACGUUGUGCAAAGAAAUUUAAUUUGAAUAAGUGACAUACAAAAAGUGCUUAGAUUUAUUUUAA